CGGCCGGCAUGAGUUGCAGGUGUUUUCGUGAGGUCACCGUUACUCCCUCAGUUUCUCCUCGAUGGAGGGACAUAAACGCCAACACAGGGGGCUCUGUGAGCACAUUGCAGGAUAUAAAGGUCCCUGACACUUCUGGAGGCUAUGCUUACAGAGACAGCAGUUGUGCAGGCUCUCCUACCAGAAACAGAUUCCUGUAUUGGAGGACAUCCAAUGAUGUGUUAGAGCUUGUGGAGGAGUCCUUAGACUUGAACCUGUCUCUAAACCAUGUGAGGUGUCGCUUCCAGGAUACCCCAAUCUUGGGCGGAAUCACAGUUCACGAGCAGCAUGGAAAUGUUGUGCUUCUACUGGUUACAGUGGCCAGUGUGCACAGGCUUAUCUUUCCCCACCCAAGCAAACUACAGAGAUUUGACCAGGGGUUGGGGAUGUCCAGUGAUGUGUCUAUGAACUCUAUCCUGGCUGAUGCCUCAGUCUCUACUGUGUGUAACCCCAAAGACUCGCACAUGCUGGGCUCUGUGACAGGCUCCUCCCAGCUGUCCCAUGCUGCCGCCACCUGGCUGACCUCCGAGGGAGAGGCCCUCUUUGUGUACGUCUCUCAUACAGGCAGCAUAGUGGUCAUCAAAAUGCCUCCACACAAUAUACAAGGUGUGGUUAUUCAGUACGAGCUCACAAGAUCCACCAUGAUGCAGAGAUUCUGGACAGGACUUGUACCCGCUUCUAUCAGGGGUGACCAGGACUCCCCUGAUACGCCCUACAGUCUAUGUCUUCAUCCCCUGGGUCAGGACAUCCAUAUCUUCUCCAUCUGUCGUGAUCACAAGAUACGUAUGUGGUCUACCAAGAACCAAGAGUGUGUUUCAGUGUGUGACAUGUUGGAGUGGACAACAUACAGCCAUCAGUCACAAAAGGCCAGUGUCAGUGGGACAGGUCACCAGAUCAAGAAGCUAGUUGAUCACGAGACUGGCACCUUCAGACUGGCCAUAUACUUGGGCUUUAAGGAGCAGCCCAUGUUUUGUUUAUUAGAGCCUCAUAUCAAAGAUGGCCGAUACCACUUGGAUCACGUCUGCUCCAUCAGUGCACCAAGUGAAGACCUCAUAGACUAUCAUGUGACACCAUCAUUGCUGUGGUCUCUCUGGACUGAUACUGAAGGAGAAAUGAUUGCCAGGGUAGCCUCAUUACACAGUGAGCCUGCAAGGGGAGAUAACUGGAUGCCUGUCUUGUUAGAUCCUCCAGCCACAGCUGAUAUUCUCAUCCCUGCUCACAAGGACCCCAGGGAAGUAUACAUGGAUCUCAUCUUCCAGCCAGGACAGUUCAGCACACAGGAUAUUCAGAAAGCCCUCAAUAUCUACCGUCGAACAUUGGAUUCCACAGUAACUGAUCAUCACAUUGGCAUACCUACACUGAAGGAGGAGGUGUCAGCUGCUGUGGAAACAGAGAUCCAGACUGUGGCAGGGGAGUAUGAGCUUCCAGAGGAAGAGUACUAUCAGCUACAGUUAGAACAGUGGGCCAAGUUCUACUCCUGCUGCAUUCAGUAUCAUGAGGUGGGGACAAAGAGCAAGGGGAUAUUUGCUGACAGUAACACGGGCAUGGUGGGAAUUAUCAGGAAGGGUGGGUUGACCUACAUCCGACCAUGUGACCCAGUAGAGCAGGUGUCUCUUGUCCCCACGGAGCAGAUUUCACCCACCUACCUGGCUGACAUGCAGAUAUUUGGGGAAGAUAUUGUCCUAUGUGAGGAUAUCAUUCACUUGUUAGAGUGCCUCAAUCUGAUUGGCCAUCACCUGUCAGAUGACCUGGCUGCGACCUUUGACCAGGAACUCUAUCAGCUGCGACCUCCAGAUAUGAUUGCCCACCAGUUGCUGGAUGAGAUCCUCUCUCUGCCAAUACAACAAGACAACACAGAGCUCAGCAAGCAGCUGGAGUAUCACCUGCAGUGUAUUAAAAAGCUCCACAACACUCUGCACACUUUUCAGAUUUUGCUUGACCUUACCAGAGGUCAAGGGGAGGACUUUGGAAUUGAAGACUCCAGUUUGGAUGCCACCAGUCAGUUGACGUGUGGUCAUCUGUUUGCCAGCUCCUUGGCCACAGGUGUUCUCUCUGUAUACCUGCGUCAGAUGACAGAAACACGCCUCUCUGUCGCUAGAGAUCUCCUCCUCUUGCAGCUUUUCAUUCUGAGACUCAAAGAAAAGGCAGGAUUUUCUCCUGAGACAGCCGAAUCCGUACAGUCAGAUUCCAUCCCAAAGACCUGCAUCCUAAUCAGGUCCUACUUUAUCCUACAGUGGCUGACACACACAGUUAUCUCCCCUACUGCUCCGAAUUCUCUGGAGUUCAAUAUGAGACAGUUGGCAGCAUUAGACAUCAACGACACUGCCGGUGUGACAGUUAUCCAGCAAUCAGGCCAUCAGAAUAUGACUUUGGCUGACCUGUUUAUUCAGGGCAUAGGGGGCUCCAAUGCCCGCAUAUUACUGGCCCAGAAUAGCUUCCUGGAUGAGGAUCCAUGUAGAACAUGGUCACAAACACUCCAGCCUCUGGUCACCAUCCUGGCCCAGCUUCUCUGGCCCUACAGUAUCAACUUCCUGUUCCCAGAGUUUCUGAUGGGUCAAUGUCAGUAUCUACAUCUUCAGGAGUACAUCCGUCUGCUGGCUGGCUGGUGUGAGUGGAACGAAGCCUCCAGAAAGUUCCUGCUAGGACAGUGUUAUCUCAACUUUAAUGAGCCCUACAAAGCUGUGGAUUCAUUUAUUGAUGGUGAGAAAGGAGUCGCUGGGGAUGAAUUUCUCCUGUCCAAAUUGCUACAGACCGAUGAAACAGACAUCCACAAGCUCGAAGUCCUCUAUUAUCUCAAGGUGAUCAAGUUGUACGAGCAGUUUUGUAUUCCGGAUUUGAUCGUGACUCUUGCCGACACAGCUAUCAGUAAAGCAGAUGAUGACGACCCAAAUCUGCCCACCCUGUGGUCCAAAGUGUUCAAGUACCAGUUAGAGAUGAGUCACAAUGAUGAGGCUUACUCUGCCAUGGUAUCUAAUCCUGACUGCUCAAGACGCACGGAUUGCCUGCGCCAGUUUCUGGUGGUGCUGAUUGACAGAGGUGAACUACAGACGCUUGUACAGUAUCAGUACAUUGAUCUUCAUGAUGAGGUUGUGUCCAUCUUGGAGAGCAGAGCGCGAUCAGUGGAUCUUGCGACUCACAACUAUUACGACCUUCUGUAUUCAUUUCAUAUCUACAGAGGAAAUUAUCGUAAAGCUGGUAGUGUUAUGUAUGAGUACGGGAGGAGGCUUGGCCAAGAGUUACCUAACCUGAAAGGAUUACAACGACAAGCAAAGUGUUAUCUGGCUGCACUCAAUGCCUUGAGAUUGGUAGAUCCCAAAUAUGCUUGGAUUGUCAAACCAUUACCACAGCCAAGACUUCAGGAUAGCAGAGAUCUUCCAGACACAUCACCGAAACAUACCUGGGACGGGGAAGAGAAGCCAAACUUCAGCCAGAAGAUUGAACUGUUGGAGUUAGCUGACAUUGACAAGGAGUACCUGUUGGUGAAUGCCCGUUUACGCCUUAUACAGAAAGACCCGGACCCCUCCCACGUUACAGGUCCCACAAGUGGCCCGGUGGAAAUGGUGGGUUUACUGGUGAAUAACGGGCUGUACGACCAAGCUGUGGUUGUCAGUAAGACCUUUGAGUUACCCCUGGCUCCAGUGAUGGAAGGAUUGGCCAUGAGGUGUUUACAGUUAGCGCAGAACAGUAACUACCACAUGCAGGGUGAUAAUGACUACACUGCCCAAGCCUGGGAUUGGUUAGCAGAGAAUGAAACAGAGAUGUGUUAUUCAACAAAGGAGGCUUCCAGCUCAGCUGACCAGGCCUGGAGAUUGCUGCAGUUCUAUCUGGAGCAGUAUGACGAUGCAAAUGGACAGUUCCACAGAACUGUUGCUGUCAAACUGCUCUCACAUGGCUUCAGCCUGCCCAGCUGGUUUAUGGCUUCAUAUAAGACACGGAAUGCAGCUGAACUGCUGAGACUGUUAAUAGACUAUGAUUUGCUGGAACAAGCUGGCAGUUUGGCUCUUGAAUAUAUAGAGGCCAUGAGGGAUGUGACAAGGGGCCAAGACAGGGAAGUCUUCAACCUCAAGGGCUUAUUAACUCCAUUACCUCAGUCAGUCUGGCUUCCCUAUACUUGUAUUGAUCAGCUUUUGGCUGCUCUCAAGGACGGACAAGCAGAUCAGAUCUACAGAAAGAUGAGUGAGCAGUUGCAGUCAAAGAUGACCCGUUACCAACUGCAUGUGGAUUCCCUAGCAGAGAACUUGGACACCCUGAUGACAUAAUUAAUGUUAAUUUCAAAGAUGAACACAUGACACAAAAAAUAUUUUU